GCUAUGGUAACCAUAAAUAAUUAAGGUUAGACCCGACGGCUCUCCUGUCAACUCUCUUCCCGUUGUUACUGCCGGGCCGCCCUUGACUCAAGCUUUUUCUGCCAGCAGGUCUUUGCUUUUUUUUUCUCCUUUUUUUUCUACCCUUACGUGCAAUUACAAACAGGUAGCAACUUUUAUGCUUGCUCGAGUUAUAUCUACGCAGUCCUUAGACUCUAAGUAGAAGUCUCAACUCGUCCGAUUAACAUCUACCUAUUUGUAUUGAAUUCUAACCUGUGGCGCAAUUCCCACACUCUAGCCAAGAUGGAUAUGGGAUCAAUGACGACUUCUAGCACGAUGAAUAUGGCAACCCCGACUAUGGCUGCUGCUACAUCAUCGUCGAGUACUGCCACGAUGGAUAUGGAUAUGGGCAUGGGGGGAGGCUGUAAGAUCAACAUGCUCUGGAACUGGUACACAGUCGAUGCCUGCUUCAUUUCUUCCUCUUGGCACAUUACAUCAAAGGGGAUGUUUGCAGGCUCUUGCAUUGGUGUCAUCCUGCUUGGUAUCUUACUCGAGUUCCUACGCCGUUCGGUUAAAGAAUAUGAUAACUACCUUGUCCGCAAGAGUGCUAGUCAUGGCCUCGUUGUUCCUGUUGUUAGCAAUGAUAGCAACGAGGAUGGUCGCACUUCACCCAAGCCCAGCCAGACACCUACUGGAGUGGCACCCUUGAUCAAUCCCACAGCGGGGAAUGGUUAUAGACCUACACUGAUUGAGCAGGCUAUCCGUGCCUUCAUUCACACUGCUCAGUUUGUCGUGGCUUACUUCCUCAUGCUGCUCGCCAUGUAUUACAAUGGUUACAUCAUCAUCUGCAUCUUCAUUGGUGCUUACAUUGGCAGCUUCAUCUUCCAGUGGGAGAAGCUUGGCGGUGGACAGCAAACAAGCGCUGCAAAUGAAGCUACUGUAUGCUGCGGUUAGGACAUGAAUUAACAAGACAAAUUCCGAAUGGGGGGGCUAGAUUGAUUUCAUAAGGGUUAGGUGAAUCAAGCCAAAUAGGAGAAUUUGUUUUGAAUGAUCACACGAUAUACCACUUUGCAUUACACUGACGGCUAGGAUAGAAUAAUUUAAUCCCAAGACUGUAGAAUGAAAAUUUGCAACUGUGCUCCUUCUUGGAAGAUUAGUCGACGCGAGGCUAUAUUUCAAUUCGCG